GGCAGGGCAGGGGGCGCGCGCGCAACGGAGGCGGGCAGCAGCGCACGGAACGUUCUUUUCUCUCGCCUUCCGCAACGUUACAGCGUGCCGAGGACCGCCAGCCACCGUCUGGCUGCCGUAGGCGCAUGCGCGGCCUCCCAUUGGUCCGCCGCCUUGCCUAAGAAUCUAGCUUUGCCAAAGUUAGCGGGCGGGGCGAUAACCCUUGUGGAUCUGCUCGGGAGACCCCGGCGUUGGGGCUGCGCCAGCGCGCGCGCGUUCUCUCUCUCCCUCACACGACGGCGGCGGCGGCGCCUCCUCCUCCCUCCCUCCCUCCUCCUGGCUUCUCCCCGCCCUGCCUGAGCCGAGUGGAAGGGGGCUGGGGUUGGUUGGUGCCAGCAGCGGCGUGAGCGCUCGAGCGGCCGCCAUUUUACGCAGGCUCCUGCCACAUUCUCAGGACACGCUGAGGGAGCGGAGAAGGGGCAGCUCCGCAACCGCGCCCCCCGCCCGCGCCACCCCUCCCUCUCCGGAGCCCUUUCGCGCGCCGCUCGUCGUCCCUCCCCCGCCGCCGCCGCCAGCCCCUGCCGCUCGCCCCACACAGGUCAGCAGCCACCGGGGCUCGUCAGGCGCUGUGGAGAAGGGAGGGGAGAGGGAGAGUCGGCGGGAGGGGGAUGGCUAUGGGGGUGGAGAGAAAGAAGGGGCCCGAAGAGAAGGUUCUCCCCGGGAGGAGCGGGCCGGGAGCCCCUGGAAAACGGAGGGAGAGCGGGAAGCAGCCUGACGCCCGGCCGGUUCCGGCGGGGUGGGAGCUUGGAUAAACAAAAGAGGCCGGCGGCGGCGGCCCUGUCCCGCGCAGCUUCUCCCGGCUCUUAGCCACGCUGGACGGCGGGUGCCGCUAGGCCGCACGAUGUGGAGGGGAACGAGGGGAAGCCCUCCCUGCUCGCCCCCCCUCUCCCUCCCGCGAGGGGCUCCAGCUGCCUCAUUGUCCAGGCGGCAGCGCCAUUCAUUGGCCACGAGGCGCCUCCGGGGUGGGGUGGGACAUGGUGGGAAGGCUGGAAGGAGCAGGGCAGGCAGCCGCAGCCGAUGCCAAUGUGGCUGCGGGACGACUUCUUUUUGCAAUGGUGGUGGUGGGGUUUUGCCGCGUGCCUCGUGUCACGUAACGGGCCGGAGCCUGGGAUCCGUGUCUUUCCAACGCUCGAGUUGGAAGAAGCAUGGUGGGAAGAAGGGAGGGAGGGUCUUGAUUCUGUGCGUGCGUGUUUUUACCCGGCGGGAGGAGGAAAGCCAUGGGAAAGCAGUCAUUUUUGUCCGCCGCCCCCCCCCGUUCUUUCCACAUGGCGAAAUCGGGCCCAGGGUGUUGCAAUUCUUCUCCCGGAGGGAAAAGUGGAGGAGGAGGAGGAGGAGGGACAGGCUGCUUUUCCGGGAGGGGGGGUGGGGUGGGGUGGAGGGAAGUUGGUCGCUGGAGGAAGUUGUAAGACAUUUGAACGCGCCGAGCACGUGUUUCCAGCGGACAUAUGGCGGCUGCCGCCGCUUGGGCUGGGUGCGGACUGGGAAGCGCUUUGUUCCUUUCGCCUGGUUGCUUUUAGGCCCUGUCAAAGAGGCGGGAAGAAGCUGUAGCGUAGGCAGCGGAACGGGAUUUCGCGAGAGGUGCGAAGGGUUGAAUGAAGCGAUUCGGGUAAAAGCAGCAGGGAAUGGCAGUGGCUGUGUCGCGCGUUGGUGGCUGCACGUUCUUCCGCGCCUUUUGCUUCUUGUUCCAUUUCUAACUUCUCCAAGAGCUGCUUAGGGCGUUUUAGAGAGAUAGAGAAGGGAGGUGAGCUAGAGAGUUCGGCUGGAUUGUGUAAAAUCUGCAAUAAAAUCUUAAUAUCCUCGCUAGGCUUUGGUUAUAGGGUAUGCCUUUGCACUAUUAGUCUUUCUGUUGAAAAAGCCUUGCGUGCUUUCUGAUUGCAAAAGUAGUAGGGAAAACGGCUUACACUCUGCGAGUCCCUAGCAGGUAGCUGCAUGUAUUGACUGAUACACCAAUAGUUCGGCUUUAAGGUUUAUAGCUUAAUUAUGAUGCUUAUUGCAUUUGAACAGAUAUCUGGAAACAUGGCUUCUGAACAUGUUAAUGGGAAUGGUACUGAAGAGCCGAUGGAUACUUCUGCUGCAGUUACCCAUUCUGAGCAUUUCCAGACAUUGCUUGAUGCUGGUUUACCACAGAAAGUUGCUGAAAAACUAGAUGAAAUUUACGUUGCAGGUAAGAUGUAAAACUUGCAAAGUCACAUUUUCAAUAUUUUCUAUUGGACUUUUCCUUGCUUUGGGCUAAAAUAGCAACUUUUUGUGGUUUCCAAACAAAAAACAAAAACCCAAAGAUGGGGACUGCAGUCUUCUUAGCAAGUGUUUGGAUGAUAAACGAUAAUGUGGCAUUUAUGCUGCUGUAGGUUAGUCUGUGGUACUGAGUGAAUGGGUGGUGGUAGGGGAAUGCAGUUGUACUUCAGGCAGUAGGAAGACUUCAUAGUGGAUUAUAUUUGUCUUUGGAGCACUGUGUACUAAGUGAGGCAGUAAUCAUAAGCAUCUCUUCUGGAGGAUACCUGAUUUAAUGUUUGAACCUGUGGGUGCAAAGGCUACUGUGUUUUCAGUCAUGUUCUGAAGCUCAGUUUUGGAGACCAAUAGAAUUGUUUGAGUGCUUUAGUCUUUUCAAACAGUUUCCUUAAGAGGCAGAAAAGUACUGAGAAUCACUGCUCAAGUUGAGUCAACUGUUUAUGCAAAAUUAUGACUUUUCAGAGUUUGUCAAAACUUAACAAAUAUCAGCAUAUGUAUUACAGUACAUUUGUAGAUUAAAGCAACUUUUUAAGUAAAGGGGAAAUCCUGAAAUGGGCCUCUGAUCAGUGGAUCUGCUUCUGAAAUGAAAUAACUAAAAAUGCUAGAAUAUAAUAUUUCUUUUUCUAGGGCUAGUUGCUCACAGUGAUUUAGAUGAAAGAGCUAUUGAAGCUUUAAAGGAAUUUAAUGAAGAAGGUGCAUUGGCAGUGCUUCAGCAGUUUAAAGACAGUGAUCUCUCACAUGUUCAGGUAAUGUACUACUAUAGUGGCAUUUCUGUUCCUUGAUAGUACUACAGUUUGUACUAGCACAUGUGAAAAACAUGAACAAGUCAGGAUGAUUGAUUUAAAAUUCAGCCCUUACACGUUAUUUGUGUAAUCUUUUUAGAACAAAAGUGCCUUUUUAUGUGGCGUCAUGAAGACAUAUAGACAGCGAGAAAAACAAGGGACCAAAGUGGCAGAUUCUAGCAAAGGACCAGAUGAGGCAAAAAUCAAGGUAUGUUUCAUUAUAGGCCGGUAUGCUUAUGUCUUUAGUGCUAAUUUCUGUGGUUGUAUAAGAAUGAUUUGUGUUGAAGUAUUUUUUUAACAAUAUUUUUCUUGGUCAUCCCUUCAUUGGUGCUUGCCAGUUGACAUUUCUAUAAGAGCAGCUUACCCUUAUUUAGAUUCCUCUGCACAGUAUUUGUCCAUAUUUUACUCUUGGAAAAAGUCUCUGGAUACAGGUCCUGUUCUGCAUUCUGCAGAGGGAGAUGUUAGCAGGGUGCAAUUGUGAAAGUACCUCUGACAUCUGAUUCGUGCCACUAGCACUAUGCCACAAAUUGUUAUAGAAUGGCAGUUUUUGUACCCAGUCUAUACAUUUAAUAUUGGCAUCAUGAUUUGUAGGCUUUCUCUUUAUUGCUUUUAAUAGAUAUACAUUCACAUCUGUUUUUAUAUAGACGGGUCAUGAAUCAUCACUAUUGGCACUGUAAUUUGAGAUUAAAUUGUAUCAGCCAGCAGUUGGAAGUUUAGUACAGCCUGACACUGGAAAGACUUCAGUGCUUCAUGACUAUUGAAGUAUACCACAAAUACUUCAGCUUAUUCUACCAUGAGAAAUUAUAUCUUUUGAUAGAGUAACUUUUUAUUGUGUGAAAGCCCACAACAAUCAAGUACAGAAAUUGUAGAAAAGCAAUUGAAUGUAGCAUUUGCACACAGUACAUAUAUUUUUCCAUGGCUUGCUUGCAUUUGUUUUUUGAGUACUCAGUACUGGAAUUCCAAUACAUUUUAUCCAUUAUUUCAUUCACAAAGAGCUAAUGAAAUACUGAGCAGUAUUUAAUCUCUUUAGUCAAACUGAAGUAUGCAUGUCCCCAGGACUGUAGGGCAGGCUUAGUGUUGAUUGAAGCAUGCAUGUUUAUGCUAAUUCAUCAUACAAUUUGGAGGACGGGGAAGAGUGGCCUUCCAUAAAAAGUGACCUGGACACUUCCAAGCUUAUUGUGCUGCUGCUCUACUAGGCAUGCUAUGUUUUAUUAGGCGUAUUCUUUUAAACUUGAGGUCUCUCCAUGCUUCACUUCUAGCAUGCUCUCCAAAUUCAGAGGGCACACCUAUUCUCAAUUGAAACAGGCUCUGUGUAUGGCCUAGAGAAGGCUGCUGAUGUCCUACAGUAGUGGUUCUCACAGGGUGUGGUGUGCCACACUGGUGUGGCAAGUGUGAUGGGAAGAUUCAAGGAUAAUCAGUAUUAUAUUUGGGAAUGAUUAAUGUUCUUAUACAGCUGCGUUGUUUUAUACUUUAUGGAUGUCCAGUGAUCACAUUAUAAAGUACUUGUGUUCUGUUUUAUAAAUCAAGCACUGCUAGGAGUUGUUUAUUUCAGUUUCCCCAUGUAUUUCUUAUCAAUACAAAAUUCAGGGUGGUGCAAGCAAAUUUUAAUUCUGAAAGUGGCCCAGAGAAAAAAGUUUGAGAACUACUGCCCUGCAGUGAGGCACAAACAGGCCUUCAUUUGGUGGGAUAAGUGUAGGAUUCUUGGCAUAACAGCUGCCUAUGCAAACAGAAGGCACCUGGCGAAGGAAGCAAAACUGACUUUGAGAAGCUUUGCACACAGGAUUUAGGAUUGAAAUGUACAAUAGGUUUUUUUGGAAGGGUGUGUUUUUGUGCAAAAAUCAAAGCAAAAAUCAAAUUUGCUCAAAGCAAAAAUCAAAUUUGCUCAAAAUUAGUAUCUACUCAGACAUACUCAAAGCUGAGGGAAUGCAAGUCGCUCUUAAAACAUAAGUGUCAAAGAUUAUUUCAUUGCAAACAUUUGUCUCCUUUUCCUAUUUUAAUUAGACCGUUUAAUUACUUGGUAAACAGUUAGACUUUAUUUAAAACUCUAAACUUAAAUUUGAAGGCACUUUUGGAGAGAACGGGUUACACACUUGAUGUGACUACUGGACAAAGAAAAUAUGGUGGUCCUCCCCCAGAGUGUGUCUACUCAGGACAACAGCCUUCUGUUGGCACUGAGGUAAGCAGCAUCACAUUUUAUGAUGGGGUGGUGUGUCCUUGCUACCCGUAUGUGUGAUCCUUUUUAAAAUAUGUUUUUUUGUUACAGAUAUUUGUGGGUAAGAUUCCAAGGGACUUAUUUGAGGAUGAACUGGUUCCAUUAUUUGAGAAAGCAGGGCCUAUAUGGGAUCUUCGCUUAAUGAUGGACCCUCUGACAGGCUUAAACAGAGGAUACGCUUUUGUCACUUUUUGUAACAAAGAGGCAGCUCAGGAAGCUGUUAAACUGGUAAGAUUUUUCUUACUGCAUUCUUUUAGGAUCACCCCUUUAUCUAAAAGCAAGUACAAAAAUCCCUGGCAGUGGCUGAAAGUAUACUCUAUGGUGUACAUCAUGAUGUGUAGAUUAGAAUUGUUUAGGUCUCAUGACCUCCAGAACCUCUUUUAGUUAAGCAGUUCUAAGAGUUCCUUUAACUUAUUUAUUCAGUUUGUUAUGUUAUAUGCUGUUCGUUCUUUUUUUUCUUCCAUCCCUGUGAGCGUCAAGGAUAGCAGAAAUGGAAAUGCUUACAGUGCAGUCUUACACAUGUGUACAUGGAAUUAUGUCUUGGGUUAAGUGAGCUCAUACUGUACAAUAUCUUCUCUAAUUCUAUUAGUGGCUAUAUGUUAGAAUAUCAUAGAUGUGGGGAAAAUGGAAUUAUUGCAUGAAGAGCAGGAUUUUGAACAAGUUCUUUUUAAAGGCUAAGAAACAUGACCCUUGACCUGAAAGAAAACUAGCUGCCUACCAUUUUACAAAAGAUUUCUGUCUUACUUGCUUGAAAAAGAUCCAGGCUAGUGACUGGGCUUAUGAAGUACCAUUUUUUUAGCUUAAAGUUCCACACCCGUAAUUAAAAUUUUGGUUAUGGUCUCUAAUGUUGAAUGUACUGUAGUGUUACAUGGUACACUAAAUUGGUAUAGUGUGCAGUGCUUUCAAGUGGCUUAAUUUGAUAUUAAAGUAAUCUAAUUGUCCCACUCUACUUAAAAUGAGGGAUCGUUCUCCAUGGUCUCUGUUCCCUCUUUUGCUUUUCUACUUGAGGAUUAUAGCAUAUCCUUGGUCUCUGACUUGCAAUUCAGGGAAUGAGCACUGGCAUAAAGGGUCAAGGGGAGCAGUAUCAGGGGAGAGAGAUUGACAAGGUCAUCCUUUGCUCAUAGUCAAAACAAGAACAGUGGGACACUUAGCAAAAGCCAAGUAGCUCCAUAGGUAGUCUUAGGCUUAACUUUUCCUCACAGAGUGAGAUGGCUUGUACAAUUACUGAAGUAUGGUAAGGAUGCCUUCUACUCCACUUUAUAUUGAUGUGUGUUUCCAAUGGGAGAGGAUCCUGCUGCAAUGCAGGCUGUAGUUGGUUUCUUUGAAACUAAGCAACAUUUUGUGUAUUAGGAGAUGAAAGGCAGAGAAUAGUUGUGCUCAGGUACCACUGUUGCUGCUUUUCUCAGAUCUAGGAUUAGAGCAACACAUAGGGUUUAACCCAAGGUGUCUCUGAAGAUCAUUUCCCCCAAAUAAUCUUAAGAGCUGUAGUUUAAGGGUGCUAGGAAUUGUAGCUGUGUGAGGGGUAAGCUACAGUUUCCAGGGUUCUUGUAUGUGUGUGUGUGGUGUCCACACAGCUGACAAGCAUAGUGUACUCAUUUACAGGGUAGCUAGGUUAUUCUGUUGCCGCAAGAAAAACCCCAUUGUGGCAAUUUUUAAAAAAUAUAAUAUUAUUAUAGCGUAAACUUUUAUGAACCAAGGCCCAUGAUAAUAUAAUCCCAUACUAAAAUUGUCAGUCUUUAAAGUGCCUCAAUACAGUUUGUUGAUACUGUGUCCAGUUACUUUUAAUCAGGUAGGUGGAAGCAACCCAGGGCCAUAUAGAACCAUCUAUUUAGUGGCCCACGUAACUGCAUUAUCACAUGGUUAGAAGCCACGCUGCUGAAAAUGGUGCACUCCCAAUACAGUGGUACUUCAGGUUACAGACUCCGCUAACCUAGAAAUAGUAGCUUGGGUUAAGAACUUUGCUUCAGGAUGAGAACAGAAAUCGAGCUCCGACGGCAUGGUGACAGUGGGAGGCCCCAUUAGCUAAAGUGGUACUUCAUGUUAAGAACAGUUUCACGUUAAGAACGGACCUCCAGAAUGAAUUAGGUUCUUAACGCGAGGUAACACUGUACUUGAAGCACUUGCUCCUCUUUUGAAAAAAAUACUACUCUGUAUUGAGUGAUAUUUCUGCAAAGAAGUAAAAGUUCAAAGUUUGCAAGCAAGGAAAAGCAUAAGCACUUUUGGAUGACCUACCCUAUAUUACUUUCUUUCUUCUAGUAUAACAAUCAUGAAAUCCGCUCUGGAAAACAUAUUGGUGUAUGUAUCUCCGUUGCCAAUAAUAGGCUCUUUGUUGGCUCGAUCCCUAAGAGUAAAACAAAGGAGCAGAUAGUUGAAGAAUUUAGCAAAGUAACAGGUAAGUUACUUUGUAUCUUGGGUGUGUGAAUUUAAAAGGAAAUAAUUCAAGUGAUCAGUGAUGAAUUUUUUCACCAUCUUUCGGCUGAUGUUGAAUGAUGAUGACAUUGUAAACUGAGAUCAUAAGGAAUAUUCUUGACAGUAAGAAAGAGAUGAGCUGGGACUGUGGCCUAUCCUUGUGUCAUACAUUGCUUGAGGGAGGUUUUACCCAAAGCCUCUUAUUCAGUAAGUUUGACUGUUUGGAAGAAAUUAUUAAAGGAGUAAUUUUGCUCAGUUCAGCUAGAUCUCGUUGUCAAUCAUUUAGAAUAUUCAUGAACAUUCCAUGACAUCGUAACAGCUUGGCUUCGUUUGCCCUUUAUUUUAUGUUAACACACUAUACUGUGUUAAGAUAAAAUAAAGGGCAAACGAAGCCAAGCUGUUACGAUGUCAUGGAAUAUUCAUGACAUUCAGUAGAGACAUACUAUACUGGUCAGUUGCUGAAAAUAUUUGACUGGUCAAAUAUCUAGCCCCAAAUUAGAGGCAAGUGUUGUACAUAUGCAGUCUUUUCUUGUUCAGUUCAGACUUUCUUUCUAGAAAAGUACUUUUGAUGGGGAGUAAAUUAAAUUUUCUCUGUUGGUUUUCAGUUAGUGCCAUGGUAUAUGUGGGGGAAAGCAUCAGAAGAUAAGCUACCGUAUGUUUCCGUGUAUAAGACUAGGUUUUUUAGGUUAAAAAUUGGGGCUCGUCUUAUACACUGGGCAAGCUCCCCCCAUUUUCUUAAUUUGAAGUCCCCAAAAAUUAUACACAUCUUUUACACAGGGACGUGUUAUACACGGAAAAAUACGGUAUAUAAGAAAUUCUAACAUUUUACUGGGGAAUUUUAGCAAAUCUAAUAGUCCACUGUAUUAUAUUAGGGUAAAAAGAUGAAUUGUCACAGUUUUACUUCUUUUUUUAAAUAAAUUUGUAUGACUGCUUAACUCAUGUGAUUGGCUUCAAUUUCAGAGGGUCUCACAGAUGUAAUAUUGUAUCACCAACCUGAUGACAAAAAAAAGAAUAGAGGCUUUUGUUUCCUUGAAUAUGAAGAUCAUAAAACUGCAGCACAAGCCAGGCGUAGGCUAAUGAGCGGAAAAGUGAAAGUCUGGGGUAAUGUGGUAACAGUUGAAUGGGCUGAUCCUAUAGAAGAUCCAGAUCCUGAAGUCAUGGCAAAGGUAAAAGAUAACUGAUACUUUUUUAAAAAAAGUUAUAGCAAGCUGAAAGUUAUGAUUAUUUUGUUAAAUCUGUAUCAUAUGGCAAAUGCUCAGUGUUAGAAACUGAGAUAUGAAAGCUAAGAGCUAAACAACACCUUAAACCUAGGUUAUGGGUGCAACAACGGAAGGCGCACUUUUUUAUAAGAAUGCAAAGCUGAAAAUGAAUGAACUGCAGCUAAAAUAUGUUCAUUUUUCAUAUGGUCUGGUCUUUCCCCUGCCCACCCCCCUAAUAUUCUUAAGAGGGUCUCUUCUCCAGUCUUCAAACAGUUGCUGGAAGUGGGGAGGCAGAAAAAGGUCCUCCUUUCCUUCCACUUUGUAGUUUUACUCUGAAAUCUUAGACGCAGUACUGAGCUCAGAGCUCAGAAAUUGCUUGCCCUAAUGAAGUUCCCUGUUGCAAAAUGCACCUACAACAAUGGGAGUUUCAAACACUGCAAAUGCUGUAGAAGGAAUAAUGCUUGCGAAAUGGUUUUCUUACAGUAACUUGAAUGGCUUGUUCUGCACUCAGAGCAAGAACAUUUGUGAAAGCCUCAAAAGUUUACUUAAAUCUUCAACCAAACUAUAUAAAGCUGAUAACUCAACAGGUGAACAUGUGACACAACAGGUGAAUGACACAAAAUUUGCAAAUAGGAUCAUAAUAUGAAUUUUCACUGCUUUUAAUAAUUUUUAUACAAAUUGUCGAUUGUAAACUUGAAGCUUACUUGGCUCAUAACUGAGGAGGAGACAUAUUUCAAUGCCCUGUUUGUGUUUGCAUGACCAGCAUUUAUCAGACUAGUAUGACAAAACUAGUUUCAGUUAGGAUAGGGACAGAACUUUACUGCAUUAUCUCAUUACAUUUUGUCAAUACAAGUCCUGCCUUCUUUUUUGUCCAGGCUUAGUAUCCCCAUUGUUGUAGGUGAUGGCUUCAAAUCACCAAGUCCCAUCACUGCAAUCACCAAGUCUCAUCACUGGGAUCCUUUAUUAUCAUUUACUGGAAUUGGGUUUCAUUUCCACAUUAGGUAAAAGUCUGGGGGAAUAGUGAAUGUGCGUUGCUGGGACAGAUGACUGCUCUAGGCAGGAGUCAGAUGCCUUUCUAUGCUGAAACUAUGUCAGUACCGUUAAUGUUCCAGCAGCUAACCAGGGACUUGGGUGUUGGGACUUGCAACAACAUACCACCACUCUUACAUAUCCCAAGUGACGUUGGAAGAAUGAGUAUACAUUUGGAGCUAGUAGGCUUUUUUCCAGCUAUAAGCAUCUUUGAAAAAAAAUUGGAUGGAGUUGUUGUUGUUAAUAAUAAUAAUAAUAAUAAUAGUAAUAAUAAUAGCUUUUAGGGAAAUAUGUUGUCUGAAUUCUUUAUAAUAGGAAUUUGUAAAUAUUGAGAUCCAGAAUGUGCACAACAGAACUUUGAUCUUCCUUGUCUGCAUCCCCUUGAACCCUUUCGAAACCUUCUGAGGGUUAAGGGGAACCCACAGGACUAGAUUUUGGGUGUGCAUGAGAAGAGGAUGAAGGUCCUGUUGGGUGACUGGAAGUUGCUUUUGCAGUGUUUGAUACAGCUCAACGGCACAUCCCAAGUGCUCUUGGCAAAUGCCGGUAUUUCAAAGAAUGAAACAAAAUUGUAGUCUGAAUUAACCCUUAUUGCUUUAUUUUAGGUGAAAGUGUUAUUUGUGCGGAACCUUGCAAAUUCAGUCACAGAGGAGAUACUAGAAAAGGCCUUUAGUCAGUUUGGAAAGCUGGAGCGAGUGAAAAAGCUAAAAGAUUACGCUUUUAUCCAUUUUGAUGAACGUGAUGGUGCUGUAAAGGUAGGUUUUGAUUAACAGUGCAGCUACUGCUACAUGAUCAAAUUAUUUUUAAGUUACAUGUUUAGCUAAAACAUUUGUGUUAUAAAAUGCUUAAAGCUUUGUGCUGUAGUUUUGGGCUCUAAAGUGAUAUGAAUACAGCAGUUGGCUGUUAAUGUUCUGAGAAGUUUGGUGUUCAUUUUUGCUGUCUGUCUCUCCAAGUAGAAAAAUCAUUGCUUCUCCUAUGCUUACCUUGUCCUAUACUCUUUUAAAAAUAAGGAUAGAAUGCAGGCUGUUCAGUUCACUGAUCUGCUCAUUUUUAAGCCAGAGUCUACUCUAAAACCCUUGUGCACCGUGCAGAAACAGCUGAGUCCAGAGUUUUCAUGAGUGGAAUUCCAGUUACAGAAACCUCCAACCUGGGCAUUUACGCCUUUCCCCUGAAAAGCCACUCUGGAGGUCUAGGAGACCCCUGAACAGUGUAGGAAGUGACAUGAGGCUUGUAGUAGGAAGGAGGAAUUGGUUAAAUCGCCUUUCUUCAUUGAGAACCCCUGCUGCAUCUCUUGUCUGUUUCAUGAAUGGGACCCUUCUAUUUGCAAAUGAAGUGUUGCAUGUCCAAGUAGGAGUUAGAGUGGCUAAAUAUACCUGAAGUUUUCUAAACUUAAUCAUGACACCAAAUGCAACCAUUUACAUUUCUACCCUCCCCUCCAAAUAAAAAUAGAAUUGUCAUAGGGGAAAACGCAGUUUCCAAUUUUGGUCAUCUCAGUAUUUGAAAGGUGAAGAAUUACAUUUUGUUCUCUUUGUUAAUACAAUUCCCUAUUCUCUUUGUUUUUACUUUGAACAACUUUACCUUUCAACCUAUUUUGUGGGAAUGUGUAGCUGCUUUAAUUUCAAGUGUUUGCUUUGCAGCACAGAUCUUUUUGCAGAUCUGGUUUCAAGCCCUCAUGGGUUGCAAGGAGUAUUUUUGAAAACCUACACAUUGGAAAAAUCAAAGGACCUCAGACAGGGCCUCUAGUGGACAGGAGGUGGGCUUAUAUGCCCUACAUAUCUACCAGCGGUAGAUCUCUUACUACUCAACAUCUCUUACUAUUCAUAUCGUCUGCGUUCUUUGCAUAUUAUUAAAAAAAAUACGUUUUUGGAAGAAUUUAUUGCCAAUAUGCAUUUCAAAACUAUUCUCCACAGGCAAUGGAAGGAAUGAACGGAAAAGAUCUGGAAGGAGAAAAUAUAGAAAUAGUUUUUGCAAAGCCACCUGAUCAAAAGAGGAAAGAGCGGAAAGCGCAGAGACAAGCUGCUAAAAAUCAAAUGUAAGUGCUAAAGUGUGUGCAUUUGACACUAAAUGACACUUAUACAAGUGUUGUGGGUUUGCAGUUCUUGCUGUAUGCUGAGCAUACAUACCAUGGAAACAUUUGUAAAAAAAUGUAGGGUUCUUUGAUGGCAUUUACUGCUCAAGAUAUCGACUUCCCUUUAUGCAUGCUUUUCCAAAAAUAAAAGUGCAGCCUGCAUCUUUUGGUCUAUUUUUAAAAGUGGAGAGAGAAUUACUGUGUUAACUACAUAACAUCUCCAGGUGAGAAGUAGUGUUCUGUUCGUUAUUUAGGCCUGUAUGUACAUUUUUAAAAUAAUAUGUCCUCAGAAGUGAUCAUGCAAGUGCAGCUCCCCCCCCCCCCAAGAUACCAUAACAAAAAAUGGAAAAAGCAAUAAGGACAUGUAGCUGAUCAGAAAGUGUCUCUGGGUCUAUGAAUUUCUGCUUAUUUUAUUCUCCUACAUUCACUGCAUUCAGUAUUUAGAAGCUUUAGUUCUUUGUUACUAAUCCUCACCUUAAGCUUUGUGUUGCAAUUUUGUGUAUGCUCUGUGGUUUUUCAUGACACAAUAAUUGACUGCUGACAAUAUUCUAUCCAAUAAUUUUAGAAAAUUUAGACUGAAAUCCUGUGCACAUUUUGUGGUAUGACAGGAACACGUGUGUAACACUCCUUGUGGGGGACAAACUGUAUACCAUAAAUAAUAUACUCCUUUCCCCCCACUGUUUAUUUGUCAUCCUAGUAGCUAUCUCAGCUGUUUCUACACCACAUCCAAUGUUGUACAAGUGCAUUUCUACUUGUGCAGCAAGACAUGCAUUUCCUCUUCCCACUGCAGCCCUCACCGCCUCCAAAUCUGUUCUGGAGUGUCCCAAACACCGAAGGAGAUUUUGGGAGCAUGGGGAGCUGCAGUGGGGAUGGGAAAUCUGCUGGUGGAUGGACACCAUUGAAUGUCAGCCUUUUAUUUGCAUUUCUGGAAUAAAUUAAAAGGAAGAGUUACAAAUAUUCAUGUGUCUCAAGCAUUGCUUUACAAGAACUGUAAAAGAUGUGCUAAUCACAAAAGGCAAAACACAGCUUUAUGGGAGACUUGGGUUUGCUCAUUGGGACUUGGCCUUUCCCCUGCAGUGCUGCACCCUGUCUCCUCAUUCUCUGGAACAUCCAAAUCAGAUUUUGUUGGUACAGGGAGGACUGAACUUGCUCUAUGUGAGUGGAAGUCCAUUCUGUGGGUGCAGAGACAGUGUUGGAUGCAACUCAAAAUGGAAAUGAUGCAACUCCUGGUGGUGGUUCCAGGUCUUAGGCAACCAUGAGCAUGUACGAAAUUAAUCCGUUCCGCGAGUGUCUUCGUCUAGCGGUUUUUUCGUCUUGCGAAGCAACCCUAGUAGCGGUUUAGCGGCUAUUAAAGGCUUAGCGGAUUAGCUGCUAAAAGGCUAUUAGCGGCUUAGUGGCUUAGAAAAAAGGGGGGGGAGCGAAAAAAAAUCUCAAGACUCGCAAGACAUUUUCGUCUUGCGAAGCAAGCCCAUAGGGAAAUUCGUCCUGCGAAGCAACUCAAAAACGGAAAACCCUUUCGUCUAGCGGGUUUUCCGUCUUGCGAGGCAUUCGUCUUGCGGGGCACCACUGUAUAUAUGUUAGCUGUUUAUAGAACAACAGAUUGAAUUUGAUUAUACUGCUGGUUUUCAAUUAUGAAUGGUGCAUGCUCUGAUUACAUCCAAGGCUUAUUUACUGCUAGUUUGUAAUCUCAUUUUAGUUGGCAUAUCUACCCUUUGAAUGUAUUCUGUCAAUGAAAGUGCAUGUUCAAAGAGGCUUUCCAAUAGCACCAUUCAUCUCUACACUAGGUAGUCCUCAGAGCUAUCAUUUUGCAUCACAUAUGGCUAAUUUAUGAAAAGUAGUGGCAGUGAGGCUUGAUUUGCACAUGCUGUCCCCUGCACUGCUACAGUGAGAUAGUCCAGUUUUGCGCUUGACCAGUUAACAUGCGACUGCAAGUGCGUGGGUCCUUUUGGACCUGGAAGAGGGCAAGAGGUGCUCCACUGACGUGUGCGGAGGCCAGGAAUGGAACUCCCAUGCAAAAUGGCUAUACUUACUGUAUCACAACUAAUUGAGAUAGAGGCCUUCUGAGUUUCCAUGCGGGUUGUACCCUCCUGGUGGUGCAGCAGUAGUAAUACUGCUAGCACAUUUGUAAAGCUACACUUACAUUUGACUAAAUCCUGAACACAUCUGGGCAGAUCUAGGCUCUGGCCAGAUUGGUUUGAGACACCCCUGGUCAAGUUGACUCACUUGGAGCAAUUUGAGACUGUCAUAAUUGGGUGGGGAGGCAGGCAGGUUCUGCUUCAUUAGCAUGUUCCCUGCAUGAAAUGUGGUGGCGAAGCAACACCCAGCAAGGUUGAAUUCCCUGCUCAAUAGCUGGUGAACAGAGGGUUAAAUAAUGAUGGGGGUGAAGGAUUUAAACCCUGAUUACGAAUUUGGACUGGCCCCUGAAUUGAUUUGGUGUCUAUCCAAAGUGCUGGAUUUGGCGUGUAUGUGCACAGCCCUAAUAGUUAUCCAGCCCCAAGUGUCCUCUUUCUUUCUGCUUUGUGCUCAUGUAUAUUCUCUUAGGCUUGAACCUGCUCCCUCUCUUCAUGCAGUUCAUAUCCCUUAAUUAUUAUUUGGUGGACAGUGACUCUCCUACUUCUCAUGCUGUUAAUGUCUCUUGGGCAGGUGCUUCUGUCUUUGCUCCCUAUUCCACACUAAAGCAUCAGCAAAUGGUGUCUUUAGUCAAUUUUGAAACAUGUCUACGCUGUGGUAGUUUUUGAAAUUAGGAAGGGGCCCUGCAUCUCUUUCCCUGCCCCCUCCUUCUUGUUCAUGGGUCUUUCUGUAUUCCCUGUUAGUCUGUGACUAGCCCAUUUCAGGCAUUCUCUGUCCAUGGAAGGGAUGUAGAGAUGUAUGUGCUGACCCUGUUCCCUUUCUGAUAAUGAGGACUGUAAAUGUUUCAUUAAAAAAUAUUUCCCACUCAGGAAGAUUGGGGUAGAGAAGGGUGGGAGCAGUUCAUACAGCUGUUUCAUGGAUAAAUUUCUAAAGAAAGCUUUAGUUGUCUAGUGUAACUUAUUCUCU